CUCGCUACCAGUCUCACUCUAAAAGCAUGGCUACUGUUCCACCGCCAAUGGCUGUAUCGACCGCCAACUGGCACUGGAAGAACAAGAACGUGACGCCAUGGGCCAAAAACUGGUUCGAGCGCGAGCUCACGACUGUCUCCGUUAAGGGUGAUGGGGAAGAAGAAGUGUUUGUGUCAGAGGUCGCCGAAGUGGACGGAGAUGUCGAGCUGGGGCAGCGCAAGUCUAAACUCUUGACGAUCUACGACUGUAAGGUUGAGCUCAAGUGGACUGGCAAGACUGCAGACGGUACUGAGGUCCUGGGCAAGCUCACCAUCCCAGAAGUCUCUCAUGAGAUUACCCUCGAUGGCAUCUCAGAGUACCAGUGGCAUUGGAGCCUAAGCACCGCGCGGAGCCCAGCCGUCGACAAGGUCUUCGAACUCGCGAAGGCACGUCUCCCGACCGCGCUGGAGACGAAGCUCUCCGAGUUCCCGUCUGCGAUUAUCAACACUCACGGUAAGGACCUCACCAUCAGCGCCGAGCCCAGCCGCCAGAGCACGCCAGCACCCUCGAACAUCGCUCCGUCUGCUGCAGCGUCUGCCACGUCUUCGAGCGCGGCAGCUACGGCUAAGCCGGCCGUAAAGAAGGAUGCCAAAGCGGUAAACUCGACCACCGUUUCCGUCGACUCGACGUUCAUGGCCUCUGCUGAGGAUUUGUUCUCUAUCCUGACCAACGAGAACAGGAUACCCUCGUGGACACGCGCUCCCGCGAAGUCGACCGCGCAACCCGACACUGAGUACUUCCUAUUCGGCGGUGGUGUCAAGGGCAAGUACGUCUCGCUUAAUUCGCCAAAGGAGAUCAUCCAGACGUGGGCGCUUUCGAGCCCAACCUGGCCGGACGGCCACUUUGCGACCCUCACGACGACGCUCGACCAGGGCAGCGAUCACACUAAGGUGACGUGGUCACUCGCCGGUGUCCCGCUGGGCAUGGAAGAUGAGAUUAACCGCAACAUUAACGGAUAUUACGUCCACGGUUUGAAGUCCAUCGGGUUGGGAUCAGAGCUCUAGGCCAACCGCAUGAACAUCGACACAAACAGCGAUCAGCAUGAUGUAGAAGGUCUACAAGGAAUCCUGACCAAGGUGAGAAGGGCUUGACGGCAAACGGCAGGAGGGGGGAGGGGGUAUGGAUUAGAAACGCAAUGUACGAUAUACAGCUGUAGAA